AUGCGUCAAUUUACCACCAUUCUCGUGGUGCUUCUCCUCACCGCCUUCAUCACCUGCUCAUCAAGAAGUAUUGAAAAAUACGAUUUAUUUGACGAUUUGGCAGAUAAACUUUCCAUCGAAACAUUUGAACAAUUAUCUGAUUCUCCAAAUCCAGGAUGUUUAUUUGAAGAAAGAUACGAAAAAUCACUUUGUCAUCCCACUGCUAAGAAUGUCCUCUUUUCCAUUGAUAUUUCUGCAUCCAUGAAUGAAUUAGUAUUCUUUAGUCCACCAACAAGAAGAAUCGAUUUGGUGAUUCGUACAAUUGAAAAUGCAUUAUUAGAAAUGGAUCAAUUUAAAACUAAUCAAGUGAUUUACAUUCAAUUGUUUAGUGACAAAGUCAGACCAAUCGUUUCAACAUUUGGACCAAUUGUAACUGAUGGAAAAAGUAAAGGAGCUCUCUCAGCAAUUAAUUGGUUGAAACAACACACUGGCUGGAAAAGUAUUGAUGGACAUACUGAUAUUAAAUUUGGAUUGAGAAGCGCAUUGACUCUAUUUAAAUCAAAUCCAAGAAAUGAAACUGCCAUCUAUCUCAUGACUGAUGGAGUUGAAAAUAGAGAACAUGUUAUUGAGAUUUUACCAGCUUUUAAUCCAAAAGAAUCUCCUGUUGUGAAUACAAUUUUAUUUUUGAAGAGAUUUGAUGAAAAGUAUCACCAAUUGAUGAAAUCUAUUGCUAAAUAUUUUGGAGGAUAUUUCAAAUGGAGUUAUUAA